ACUGAAGAGGCGGUCGUUGCUGGCAUCUGGUGUCCGUGCAUCUCGUGCACCAGCUCAUUCCUCCGUCACCCCGUCCUAUUGUUUCUUUCCCAAUUAUGUGAAUAAACCUUUUCCAGCCUGUUUCUCACCCAUCCAGCCUCUUUUCUCACUUCUCUCCCUCCCUCUUAAAUCCUCCCCACUCUCCUCCCUUCUUGUUUAGAUACAGAGCGAGAAGCUAGACCGAAUCGAUCGACUUGGGCAUCACCGGCCCCGUCAUGGAUCCGUGCCCUUUCGUUCGGCUUCUCGUCGGGAAAUUGGCUCUGAAGUUCCCGCUGACCUCGAAACCCUCCUUUACCGGGGUUCACCCUACCACUUCUCCCUUCUUCUGCACAGUCAAGCUCAACAACUUCCCCGCCCAGAUGACUCCUCUUCCUUUGGUCCCGCAGGAGCAGCUCCUCCCGCUGGACAGUACCCCCCACCUUCAAACCCCACCCAUUUGCUUUAACUUCAACCAGAUGGAUAUCCACAAAAUGCUCCAAUCCAAGCUCUUCGCCCACAAAUCCAAACCUUGCCUGAAGAUCUCCGUCUAUACGGGUCGGCCCGCCGUCACCUGCGGCCUCCGCUCCCGGAAGCUUCUGGGGAGCGUGUUGAUACCGUUGGAUCUCCAGGGGCUGGAAUCCAGGUCGUCCGUUUUUCACAAUGGCUGGGUCUCCGUGGGCUCGGAGAGCCCUAAGAAGUCGCCGGCCGCCCAGUUAUACCUGAAUGUUACGGCGGAGCCCAGUCCAAGGUUUGUCUUCCAGUUCGACGGCGAGCCGGAGUGUAGUCCUCAGGUUUUCCAGGUUCAGGGGAAUAUAAGGCAGCCAGUUUUUAGUUGCAAAUUCGGGUUUCGAAACUCCGGCGAUCGUAUGUUGCGAUCCAGGUCAUCGCUUGGAGUUGGAACUGAGAAAGAGCAUAACCCGAAGGAAAGAAAGGGCUGGUCUGUCACCGUCCACGACCUCUCCGGCUCGCCGGUGGCCGCCGCGUCUGUGGUCACCCCCUUCGUCCCGUCCCCGGGUUCCGACCGGGUCAGCCGGGCCAACCCGGGCGCCUGGCUCAUCCUUCGUCCCGGCGACGGCACCUGGAAGCCGUGGGGCCGCCUAGAAGCGUGGCGGGAGCGCGGUUCCGGCGACGGCGGACUCGGUUACCGCUUCGAGCUCUUCCCCGACGGCAGCGGGGCCACCGGAAUCACUGUUGCUGACUCUACGCUGAGCGCCAAGAAGGGUGGCAAGUUCACCAUAGACAUAGCCGGCGCCAGCACCGCGAAUUCGCCGUUCGCCAGCCCAGGCAGCAGCUUCGAUCUGGGGUCGGGGUCGUGGCUCGGGUCCGGGUCCGGGUCGUGGAGCGGGUCGGGUUCGUGGGUGUAUAGCAUGUACAAGGGGUUUGUGAUGUCAUCGACAGUGGAAGGGGCGGGGAGGUGUAGCAAACCAGCGGUGGAGGUGGGGGUGGAGCACGUGAAGUGCACGGAGGACGCGGCAGUAUUCGUAGCUUUGGCAGCGGCCGUCGAUCUGAGCAUGGAUGCUUGUAGGCUCUUCUCGCAAAAGCUCCGGAGCGAGUUGAGGCAGGAGAGCCAGGAGUGUGUCGUUUGAUUCGAAAUGCUUUGUCGUUUUGAGGGAUUUUUUUUUCCCCUGACUAGAUUUCAUAGCAGACUGUACAGUGACGAAGAGAGGACAAAUUUUUUUAAUUUUAAAUUGUUACUUUUGUGAAUUUUUUAAUUUUUAAUUUUGUUUUCUUUUGAUUUUCCGAUCCGAAUACGAUGUUUAUAGAAAUAAUAUUUAAUUGAAUUUUCCAGCUA